AUGUUAUUAUUUCCUCCUUCAUCUGAAAAUCUGCUCUGUCAUGAAAAAUCAGACUUGACUGAGGGAGGGGGAUUGUGUGUAUACACCAACAGUGCAAGGGCACGUGGGGGACAAUGAGUGCUUAUCCAGUCUGGACAGGUUGUCUUGAGUAGUAUAAUUCAUUUCGGAAAACUUUUUCGUGGUCACUUCUCUUUGUGUUGUCAGUCAUACGCCAAUCUGUAUGCAUCCAUCUCUGGUCUGUUUUGACAUCAGCAAAUAAUUUCCCAUGUGUACUGCAAAAAUGUCACCAGACGAAAACAAGAUCUGAGAAGACUGGAAUGGAGGUGAAAGGCAUAACAUUCACACAAAUCACAUCAACUAUCAUCAUGUUCGUGGAUCACAAGUUUGGCGGCUGCAACAUGAGGAGGAGUUUCCCCGGGUUAGACACUUACAGGUCAGGGAGCGUAUUGUCAUAUUUCCCAUUUCUUUAAUGCUCGGUUUCCCGCUGUCCCACCCAGCAGGUUUUGUUGGAAGAUACCACCAUUCACUGAACUUCGUCGUUAUCAUGUGACAAACGAGUUGAACAAGUCCUGCAUGAGCAAACCUUCCUUGUUCACCUCGGGGUGUUGACACAGUAGCUACAAGUGCAUGGGUAACGGGACAACAUCGAGACCUCAGUAUGUUAGCAGUGUUGUGCCUCUUGCUCCUGCAAACUCAAGUCCAUGGAUUUGGGAUUUUACCAGGAAAGUCCCUGAGUCACCUGGAAAUUACAGAAAGUGCGAUUUUAAAUACCACAGUACACGUUUGCCGCGCUUUGGCCAGAGCCGAGGGAACAGACUUCACUUUUCCUCCACAGCCUUUCACAGCAAAAUCUGUUGCCGUUGCAUGCAAUGCACCUAAAUCAUCCAAAACCUUCCGUCAAGCCAUCAUAGCCGUCAUAUUCCACAAUGUCAGGGUGGACAUUCGUCAUGCCCUCAAUGGAAGCUUCCACUUUGACGAGGAAAUGUUUGUACAAGGAAAACAAAUCGUCACGCAGGGGAUACAGUCUAUAAAAGCAAGCAACAAGCAAGAGAACUUUGAAGCAGCAAGGGAGAAACUCGGAGAGACUUUGCAUCCUUUACAGGAUUUCUACAGUCACAGCAACUGGGUGGAACUGGGGAAAAACGGCCCUAAUGCCAAUCUGAUCAGAUCAGGUGUCAGCAUUGGUAUCAUAGCAGAUGAAAGUAGGGCGACGUGUCGCAACUGUGAUGGAGACGACUGCACGAACAACAUUUUGGAGGACAUCAUAAGUGAGGGGAUACUGACCUCGGGGUACUUUGGUAUUGUACCUUUGGUCUCAACCAAACCGAAAGGAAAAUGCAGCCACGGAGGAGCAGUGGAUCAAACCAGUACCAUUGAGCCUAAAGGCGGAAUCAACAAAGACACGUUUGAUGCCAGUCAUGGACAUCUCCACACGAAAGCAGCAAACAUCGCCCAAGCUGCCACCAGUCAGCUACUGGAGGAAAUCCAAGGGGCUGCCGGUGACAGACCCUUCCUCGAGAUGAUGGGAAUCUCCAAAGGAUCCAGUAAAGCCCUCUGUUUUGUGAUCGACACGACAAAGAGUAUGAGUGAUGACAUCGAAGCAGUGAGGGGAGUAACGUCCACGAUCAUAAACAGUGAAGUGGGAACAGACAAUGAGCCGUCCAUGUACAUUCUAGUUCCAUUCAACGACCCAGAAUUCGGGCCUCUGAUAAAGACAACAGACCCCCAAGUCUUCAAGAAAGUUAUUAACUCCCUCUCAGUGACAGGUGGAGGAGAUGAGGCGGAAAUGAGUCUCUCUGGGCUUCAGCUGGCUUUAAGUAAUACUCCUGCCAAUUCUGAGAUCUUCCUCUUCACUGAUGCACCUCCUAAAGACAAAAACCUGAAAAGCGCAGUGAUUGCACUCAUAGAACGAACUCAGAGUGUGGUAAACUUCAUGAUAACGGACACAAACACGACCAACCGCCACAGACGAGUAUUAGGGGCAGCAGAUGCUCAGGUGUACAGAGACCUGGCUCAGGCGUCGGGAGGCCUCGCUAUCGAAGUCACAAAGAGUGAGCUUCCUGAAGCCACCAGCAUCAUAAUAGAAUCUUCCAGCGCCUCUCUGGUGACUCUGCUUCAAGCAGCCAGGGACCCGGGAAAAACAGAUCAAUUCCCCUUUUUCGUCGACGACACUGUUUCAAACGUGAGAGUCUACAUCACCGGGCAAUCUGUCACUUUCACUCUCGUAAGCCCCACAGGUGCAUCGCAGCAAAGCACCGACACAUCGGGAUCAUUGAUCAGCCAGACCAAGUCGGUGGGAAACUUCCAGACUCUGUAUCUCAAAAAAGUCAUCGGACUGUGGGAAGUGAGGAUGGCAUCGACGAACGCUUACACUCUGAAGGUCACGGGUCAGAGUGAUAUUGACUUCCUCUUUGACUUUGUGGAGGUGUCCCAGGGCCCGUUCACGGGAUUCGAUGCUCUCGACACUCGUCCCAGCGCCGGUGUGAAGAGCAGCUUGUUGGUGUCUUUAACGGGAACCGACACGGGGGAAGUGACAGAAGUCAAACUGGUCGACUCGACAGGGUCAGAGGAGAUUACAGGAGUCGUGGAGCCUCAGGGGAGCGGGAAUUUCUUAGUCACUUUUGAACGUAUGCCACUAGUGGAGUUUGUGGUGUGGGUGAAAGGACGUGCAGAUUCAACAAUAGUCUUCCAAAGGCAGUCACCGACCAACUUCAGAGUCUCCAAUGUGACCAUCACUGCCGACUCAAGUAACAUCUUAGUACCAGGAACACCAUUCUCUGUGCCCUUCUCUGUGAGGACCAGCGGAGCGGAAGGCAAUUUCACAAUCCGUGUCACCAACAACCAACAAUUUGACUCAGCGUUUCCGAGCACUUUGUUCCUGGAGAGUGGAAACAGCAGUGACGGCACAGUGAACCUCACGGCUCCUCUUAACACCCCGUCUGGCACGGAUGUCACUCUGACCAUCGAGGCCGAGGCUCCGGCGGCUGCAGACACCAACUAUGUCGUGCUGCGGUUUUCUGUUCUUAACACGGUGACUGAUUUCACUCCACCACGAUGUGAGCAGCUCAGCCUGGUCUCCAGGUGCUCUGAAGAGUGCAGCCUCUCUCAGUGGACACUCUUCGCUCAAGUGAUUGAUGGGGACGACGGGGUGGGCGUCGACCGCGUCAGCCUCAAACAAGGUAACGGGACCAUGAACGCCACUCUGAACGCCGGCAAUGAGAACAUAACCAUGGUGUCCUACAGCGCUUCGUGCUGUUCACCCGAUAUGGAGCUGCAGGUCGUGGACCUGGUGGGAAACGUGGGCACGUGUUUCUUCACGAUCCGGAAAGGUUCGUCCUCUCCGAUCUCUCCGUCCACAAGAGUCACUCAGUCACUUUUUCUAAGUCUAAGCACGGUGAUACUUGGACUCUAUAUCACAACAGAAGGGGGCAUUCAAUGACCCCUGUCUUACUUCCAUCACAGUACAUCAUUACUAUCACCAAAGGGUCUCUCAAGGAAAAAAAAUAACAAAAAAGGCCAAUUAUAUAGAACAAUUAUUUGCCAUUUGGUCAAUUAUUAUUUAUUAUUAAUGAUUACGCAUUUUUUGAUGACCUGUUUCAUUAGUUUUUAUGUUAUUUUGUUAUUGAACACAGUAGAAAAAGAAAAUCUGCUAAAUAUAUGGGCCAAAAACAAACAAAAACAUAAAUGAUUGGUAACUGAAUGCUCAUGUGUCUUUAAAACUGUCCAUUACUUUGACAAAAAAAAUAAAGAUUUCUAUGGGAAUUUUUUUUUUAAAUCUUAUAUUUUAUGUCAUAUUUGAAUUCAGUUUGGAUAUAGGGCAUGCACAGCUCAUUAAUGCUGCUUUAAAUUUCAGACUCAGUGUCACAUGCAUGCAUAUACUAUGAUACUAUAAAAGGUAUAAUCUCCUUGGAGAAAUUAGGCAUUAUAUAUCUUUUCUGAAGCAAAUGUAAAUCCUAAAAUUAAAGAAACUAUAAAAAGAUAAAAGAGAGAAUAUUGGUUGUAUAUAUAAAGCAGUGUUUUUAAGUCUUGAUGGCCACUUUAAGCAUUUCCAUUCACCCAUUUUACACACACACACACACACGCACACACACAUUCAACUGCCACGAGCACUUUGACUACAAGACCUGGGAAUCGAACCACUGCCCUUAUUUAUGAAACUAACAGCUCUAAACUCUGCCCCAGGCCUCUGCUCAGCUCACACACACAUUGGAAUAACAGAUGGAAAUGACAUUUCUUUCCUUAAAAAAAACACAAAAAAACACUUUUUUUUAUUGUCGUUAUGAUGUGUCUAAUGCGGAAUCCUUUACAGAAAAGAAGAAGAAGAAAAAAAAAGGAUUGCGUUUCACAUUUUUGCUACAAGUUCAACACAAUUUCUCUGGUUGGUUUUCUUUUAUCGCUAUUUACAUUUUGUAAAAAUGUCCAAAAAGGGGGCUUAUUUAAAUCAUGUAAAAUGUUCUGUAUGUGUUCAGUGGUGAGUUUGAAAAAUGCAAAUCAUUAAACACUAAAGAAAUUCCAAAAUCA